CUGAAGUUAUUUGAGCUGUCUCGGCUUCCGUCGGCAAGCCUCCCCUCCCAAAAGCAUUUCUGUAUGGCCAUGGUCUAUGUCGUGGUGGGCAUUGCUGUCUUCUGCUCUCUGCUCCUCGCCGUUCGGUUCUUUUAUACGAAGCGAGCCCGAGCCCCACAAAAUGCCUCCGUCAGUCUCCUGGUGGUGGCUGGUUCAGGAGGGCACACGACAGAAAUCCUGAGGUUGCUUGGUAGUCUUUCCCAGUCAUAUUCUCCUAGGCAUUACGUUUUGGCUGAUUCAGAUAAAAUGAGUGAAGAUAAAAUCCGUUCAUUUGAACAAAAAAGAGCAGAGUUGUCCCCCAGUUCCUCAUUCACCCUCAAUCGCAUUCCCAGAAGUCGGGAGGUCCGUCAGUCAUGGAGUUCGUCAGUCCUGACAACCAUCCGUUCCAUCUUUUAUUCUCUUCCUUUGACCUUCAGACUCAAGCCAGAUUUGGUGCUGUGCAAUGGUCCAGGAACGUGUGUUCCCAUCUGCAUAUCUGCUCUUCUGCUGAGGCUGCUAGGCUUAAAGAGAGUGACCAUUGUGUAUGUUGAGAGUAUCUGUCGUGUGGAAAACUUAUCUCUGUCUGGAAAGAUUCUUUACUACUUUUCCAAUCAUUUCUUUGUUCAGUGGCCUACUCUGAAAGAAAAAUACCCCAAGUCUCACUAUCUUGGUCGAAUAGUAUGACAACAAACAUAACUGGGGUUAACGUCACCUCUGAAUUCCUUAGCAAUGGAAUCUGUUCUUAUGUUACCUGCCCAUUGCUCUAAACCCGGCUUCAGCUGAAGAUUCCUUUCCCUUCCACUACCGUCAUGGAGACCAGCAGGAAUAGAGACAAGGUAGGCAAGCUUCCAGCAUGGACCCAGCUUCAGCUGAGAUUUACCUUCACCCACAGUUUUUUGAUAGCAAACCCAAAUUCCAAUUGAUAUUGCAUUUUAACAGCUGUGAGCCACUUGAGAAGCCAAUUUUUGGUUGAAAAACAGGACAAAGGUAUAAUAAAAUGCCACACACUGUGAUGGGAGCUGCACAAAUCCAGUUUCUUGUACCACUUCACAUCUGCAGAUACUCUUUUUUCACUGCCACAUUACCCAGUUCACCAUUUCCUUUUUCCGUUACCAAUUUUUGCGAGGAGGGUGACCAAGGGAAUGGGAUCAACAUAUCAAACUGAUGUAGAAGUGGGACAGAUAUAGGGAUCUAAUUUCUAAGUGCCAGUUCAGACACAUUUGUUGGCCCACUUUAUAUAGGAAUCCACUUAACAAUUAUUUCUUAGUCUGCAUAAAUUUGUGAAUCAGGAACUAUGGGGAGUAGGGGAGUUGCAAAAGAAAAAAAACAGGUACCAGUCACAUGGAACUUGUACGAAGCAUUGGAAUUUAUUAAAUUUUUCAUUUUUCCUUUCUUUGUUCCUGACAGACACACUCAAAUAAAAGACAACAUUCAGUUCAAAGGUAACCUUGAGGUGCAACCCAGGAAGCAGGGAUUUAGAAACAGUGCCUCCCCACUCCUUCGUUCCUGGUCACACACAGUAUUUCCCUUCCUUCCACACUAUUGCAGGUGUUUCCUCCUAUUUUUUGGCUUGUCAGAGAUUGUCAUAAUUAAGUGACAGGAUGCUUGAUGCUUUACAUUAAAGGAUUUUUAGACCCUUUAACACUUUAGAAUUGUCACACUGAAAUUUACAUUGAGAAAUUUCACUAAGAUGACUCUAGGGCUGGUAAGAUGCUUUCUUGCUCUCACUUUUCCUUCUGCACUGUUACUACAUGAGGCAUGUAAAAAGUUAGUUGGGCUACACUUUAUUUCCCUGUACUUGGGACCUCCUUGAACCUGCCCUCCCCACUGCACUGUAAGGCUGUGCUGAAUGCGGGAAUCCUGCACUGACCCCCACGGGAUGGGUGGGUAUGGCGCAGUAUUGGCACAAGAAGGUUGCUUAAUUGUACCCCGGGAUGGUAAGAAAAAGUUCUUGUUCUAACACAACAACCCUUGCUUCCUGUAUGCAAGCAAUCAAAUCCCUGGUGCAUAUUUUGAGCAUAAAGGAAACAGUCAUAUUAACUUGGCUUCGUGACAGUUUUCACUCUGCAGCCUUUUCCAAAAGCCCAAAGCAUUAAAUCCAGUAUCAUUUUUCCUUUUGGCUUGUCAAAGCCAGCCCUGUGAUCCAACGUGCACUUUUUAAAGCCGUCUGUUUAAUUGUUAAGAUAAAUAAAAAGGCAGCAGAUGUCACAAACAGAUGCAGCAUUUGCACAUGAGGGAGAGAGCAUGCAGGAGCUGCAGUUUCCAAGCUGAACACAAAAUCUUUUUUACCAACAUUAAAUUAUGAAAAGCAAACUGUCAUUAGAAAGCAUUGAGAUUUUCUGGCAUUCUUUUGCCAUUCUGCAUAUGAUACUUAAAUGAGUAUUAAUGAUGCACCCAAAAAAGGCUGAAUAAAAAUAUUACUGUGUCAAUGAAUGUGAG